AUGAAAAUGACCACGAGUCAGCCCGUUCGAGCGACAGCAAGCUCCAUGUGGGCAAUUCUUGGUGUGGUAUUGUUGCUGUUGAAUGGAGUUCGCCGCUGCGUACCAGUUGCUCUGCAACCCUUCUCGCAAGGUUUGGGACCUGCAGGUUGGUGUGCAUAUGUCUUGUCUGGACUAUUCUUCAUCUAUGCAGAGGGGUACCGUGGCUUCCAGCAGAAGUUUUCACCGUUGGUGGUGCGGAGAGCAUUGCUGCUCGACCGUCAGCAGCCAGUUCUCCGACAGGUGCUUGCGCCCGCGUAUGCCAUGGCUUUUUUCCAUGCGAACAAGAAGCGCAAGGUGGUGUCAUGGGCCCUCAUAGCUGGGAUCAUGGUCAUUGUGGCCAUCGUCAAGAAGCUGCCUUACCCGUACCGAGCCAUUUUGGAUGCCGGAGUUUGUGCCGGAUUAUCUUGGGGGAUGGGCGCCACAGUUUUCAUCUAUGCCAAGUCACUGACGACGGGAAAGGUCCGACGGCAGCACCUGGACUUCAAUGCUUUCCUACACCAAUCCUUUUCCAGGGAGCGCUUCCUGGAGGUCUCCGAUGAGCCGGGCUGCUUCGUCGCCUUCUCCUAUGCAACCUGCAAAGAGGUGAUGAAUGACCACUCCUGCUUCAGUUCAAAUCCAUUUCCGGAUGAACGGCUCGUGGCGCUGAACACGAUGUCCAAAGCUGACCAUUCUCGUGUCCUUCGCUACGUGCACAAGCACUACACGCAGGAUGAAGUGCAGACUAUCAAGGAUCAGGUGCAGAAGGUCAUCGAGGCACACACAGAGGAGCUUUCUGUUGGCAAGGUGGAUGUUGUGCUGUGGGCGAAGCGCAUUCACAUGUCAAGCACGCUGAUCCGAUUGGGCUUGGAUUUGGCAAACUAUGGAUCGGAGGCUCUGGACGAGAUCAUAGCGCUGAACGAUGCCAUGGUUGCAUUGGUGGCCCCACUUGGCGGGGUAGGUCCCAAGUAUGAGACGCUUUCUUGGCAUUGGUGGCUCUGGGUGCUAAUAGGUCUGAUCCGCAGCUUCCUGCCGGUCUUGUCUAUGGCCUUCCAGCUUGGCAUUCCGUGUACAUGGCACAUCAUCAGGCCAGAUGCUACCAUCUUUUUCCCUCCCAAAAGGCCGCGCAUGGGAUUAUGGUGGAAUCCAGAGCUUCUUUCUUUGGUUCCGAGGUAUUUUCUCCUUCUUCAUGCCCUUUUGGUCAAGGGCGGUGAUGGAUUACUGAAAGGCUUGCGUGAGGGUGUUGAAAGUGGUGAUUUGGCCCUGGCAGAGAGUCUCACGCUCAUGGUGCAGCUGAUGGUGAACAUGACGUCGGCGAAUGCUUUGUGCUCGCUCGUGUUUCGUCUUGCCUCAGAGAAGGAGGCCUUCCGGCAGGUGUCUGAGGAUAUCUCUGGGACUGCAGAUCGCUUCAUCCAAGAGGUUCUCCGACUGGAUGCUCCUCUCCAGCGGAACCCUCGCAGGUACGUCAAAGCUGGUGCAAAAUGGACUGGAGGGCGAAUGCCCUUUGAGGGAGAUCAGGUGCUCCUUUUCUUGGGAGCAGCAAACAUGGAUCCGGCUGUUUAUAAGGAUCCGCAACAAUUCAGGCUUGACCGACAAGAGGAGCCGCCUCCUCUUACGUUUGGCAGUGGGAUGCACUAUUGUCUGGGGAGCAGUUUGGUCAAGUUGGAGCUGCGGCUGGCGCUUCAGCAUCUUUGCCGUCACUGUCAAUCCAUUGAGUUGAAUGGUGACUUCGAGCGGCUCGCAGAUGUAGAUGUUGGUAAUUGGGGCUUUCGCCGCUUGAACGUUCGACUAGUCACUGCUUGA